AUGUUAACUAGUAUUCUCAUUGCUAUAUUUAUCGUAUUAGUUGUUGUAUAUUUAUGGCAUAUUCAUCGAACUUAUAGUUAUUUUAUUCGACUUGGUAUUCCAGGUCCGCCAACAACAUUUUUCUUUGGCAAUUUAAUGAACUUCUUGAAAACAAAACGUAUAUCAUCAUGCAUAAAAGAAUGGACAAAAAAAUAUGGUCCAGUAUUUGGCUAUUUCGAAGGUCAUACACCGAUUCUUGUCGUUUCCGAUCUAAAUAUUUUACAAGAUAUGUUUAUCAAAGCAUUUUCAAACUUUCAUUCACGUCGUGAAUAUCCAUUUGAUGAACCACAUAUGAAAGAAGGUCAUCUAUUUACUGCGCAAGGUCUUCGUUGGAAACGACAACGAUUUGUAAUUAAUCCAACAUUUUCAUCGGCUAAACUCAAACAAAUGUCUCCAUUAGUUAAUCAUAGUAUUGAAGUAUUAAUGACAAAAUUAACUGAACAGUAUCAAUUUGAUGAACCAUUUGAUAUUUAUACAUUUUUGAAACGUUUUACAAUGGAUACAAUAUGGUCAUGUGGAUUUGGUCUUGAUACAGAUAUGCAAAACAAUCCGAAUAAUUCAUAUUUUAUUCAAUCACAACGUGUAUUCACUGCAGAAAUUUCUCUUAGUAACGCUGUACUUUUGUAUGUGUUUAUGCCUGAAUUCAAACGGUUUUGGAAUACGUUACAUGCAGUUGAUAAUGUUGUACGCAGAUGGCUUCGAUAUUAUAUACCUCUAGCACGAAAGCUGAUUACUGAUGAUCCAGUUAAAUGGAUUAAGGAACAAGCACAAGAACUAAUUAAGAAAAGAAUUAAUUUGGGUCGUACAAGCCGAAUGGAUCUAUUACAGUUGAUGCUUGAAUCAGUAUCGGAUGAAGAAGUCAUUCAAGUAUGA